GAACAAAGCGUUCAAAUUGCCACACUACGACACGGUCGUUCAAAAAAUUGAAUAAUUAAUUUGAUAACUAUCGACAAAUGACACUCUGUUAGAACGGGACAUUUGGAGAGCGACUUUGCUACGGUUAUGUAAUCGGCGACGUUGGAACCUACCUCUCCAUCUCAGGGAUUAGGACUUCGGUCUGCAAACACUUUUGAGAGACACUUCAAAUAAAACUAUAGCAAAUCCGAAUAUUUCACACAAUCAAAAUGGAGGUAACAGUGGAACAGAGAAUCCCAUUCGAGGCUCAUUACGAAUCACAAAUUACAUCUGAAGAUGAAAUAAUUUCAAGUAUGCCAUUGAUGGACAGUUAUUGGCCUGUAGCCAUUAUACUAGUCUCCUACCUUGUAUUUGUUUUGGAGCUGGGACCAAAGUUCAUGAAGGAUCGAAACCCUUAUGAUCUCAAGCUUGUCAUGUACCUUUAUAAUUUGGGCCAAGUUCUCAGUAAUCUAUACUUCCUUUCUAUGGUAUUUAGGAAGAGGAAUCUCAUCCCUUUCCUAUUCCAGCAGAGUUGCUCUCCAAGUCCACUGCCUGAUCUUGAAAUGAGGACAUUUAUCUUUCAUAUAUCAUGGUUUUGGCUGAUGACAAAAAUUUCUGAUUUAAUGGACACUGUUAUCUUCGUUCUGAGGAAGAAACAACGUCAAAUAACGUUUCUGCACACAUAUCACCAUUUCACGAUGGUGCUUUCAGUAUGGAUCUACAUCAAAUAUGUCAGAGGAGAACAAGGCGUGAUGAUAGGAAUAGUCAACUCAAUGGUUCAUGUUGUCAUGUAUAGCUACUACUUCCUAUCAGCAUUGGGGCCAGCUAUUCAGCCCUAUCUGUGGUGGAAGUCACAUAUCACUAAGCUACAACUGUUUCAAUUCGCUAUACUGACCGUGUUCUACGCCACACUCCUGUCACGGUGCGAAAUAUCACAUCUCCAGAAAAUGUACAACUGGUAUGCUGUCAGUCAGGGGAUCCUCUUCACAGUCCUCUUCUCAAACUUCUACAUGAAAUCGUACAAAUCAGCCAAAGAGGCCAAAAGCAAAAAAAUAUCAGAAGACUGAAUGCUUUAUGUAAAGACAUUCACUGCCAAAGAUUCAGAGAGAAUACAGUUUUGUAGAUGUCAGAGUACCAUGUUGAACUGUAAUUAUAAUGCUGUAGUCUGUGAGUCUCU